CUACGAUUCUGUAUUUGUUUUCUGUGUUGCAGGUAUUGAUAAGGAUCUAUAGACGGAGUCGACGGGGACGAGCGACGGCGGGUUGAUUAUUGUGUUGGUGGUGGUGAGGUGCGCUGGUCGUUGUCUGAUUUGGGAGGGGCGGCGGAGAUCGACGAGCACAAGGGUUCCGAUUCGCGUUCCGAUUCGCCUCCCCUGACUUUUCAGGGUUGCUACUGUUUUGUGGCGAAUGGAGUUGGAGAUAUCGGCGAUUUUGGGCUUCUGACGAAGGGAUCGAGCUGGGCAUAA